AUGAUGUGGCUCCUCUUUCUGUUUGCUUUGGCUUUGCCUGCUGUCACUCCCUCACAUGGACAGGAACAAAAGCUUCUGCAUGGCGGCUGUCCCAUGUUCUGGUACAGCUUCAAUGACCGCUGCUACAAGUAUGUUUCCUCUCACAUGACCUGGGGUGAAGCAGAGCUCCACUGUGUGUUGGAGGGGGCCAACUUGGUAUCCAUCCACAGCCAAGAGGAACAUAAUUUUGUCAAUUACCUGAUCAAGAACUUCAACCCUACUCAGGAAUUCACCUGGAUUGGACUCACCGAUGUUCAUAAAGAAGGAGCUUGGAUGUGGUCUGAUGGGUCAAAAUAUACAUUUUUUAAUUGGGGUGAAAAAGAGCCCAACAAUAGUGGUGUACAUGAACACUGUGGACACACCAACUUAGGUCCGAACUUUAAAUGA